AUGAAAAAUGUUGAAGGUGCAAGUUACGGAGGCUAUGAAACACUAGUCGCGCUCACGUUCACCCCGGACGAUUUUGCCUGUGGUGUGGACAUCUUUGGCCCAUCGAAUUUGGUCACUCUGCAAAAGACGAUCCCGCCAUACUGGCACGGAGAACGCAAGAUGCUUGCUCGAAUGAUGGGAGGCAAUAUCGAUAGUGAGGCCGGCCGUCAAUCGCUCAUCGCUCGUUCGCCGCUGUUUUUGGCCGAUCGCGUGAAGAAGCCACUGCUGAUUAUGCAGGGUGCCAAUGAUGCUCGUGUCAAACGAGAGGAAUCUGAUCAGUUCGUGGACAAUCUACGAAAGAAUAACAUUUCUGUGACCUAUGUGCUCUAUCCCGAUGAGGGACACGGUUUUGUGAAGGUCAACAAUAAGUUAGCGCAAUAUGGUUUCAUCGAAGAGUUCUUGCAAAAGUGCCUUGGAGGAUGCUAUGAACCUUACUACCAAGGACAAUACAACUCCUCAGCGAUUCUGGUCUCAGAUGGAUUUUCUACGGCAACGACAACACUACAGUGGAACAGCAGUGAAUAUCUCUCUCUCGACUGA